AUGACAGUCCUUGAAAUAAGGUGGGAAGAUGUUUUGAACCUCUCUCAGCAGCAGAUCCCUAAAUCACAGACCCAGAACUUGGAGGAAACAGGAAACAGGAGGCCAUCUCUGCACCUCUCCAGCACUGCUCUGGUUGCUUCCCAGCCCCUGCAGGUCACGAAGGCACAGGAGGAGGAGGUGGGAAUGGGUGUGGAGGGCCACACACCAGGCCAGGGCAGCAGGCACUCAGAACACAGUGGCCUAGAAGCGGGGGUCUGUAUCUCCAGUGCUCAGAUCGGAAGCAUCUGCUGCAAGCCUCUCCUGGGGCUGAAGCUGAGUGCGGAUCAGCUGGCCCUGGUCUACAGUAUACUGGGGCUCUGCCUGUGUGCCAUCUUCUGCUGCUUCCUAGUGGCAAUGGCCUGCUUCCUCAAGAAGAGGGGGGAUCCCUGCUCCUGCCAGCCCUGCUCAAGGCCCUGUCAAAGUUCGGCCAAGUCUUCCCAGGAUCACGAGGUGGAAGCCAGCAGCCCUGUGGGCACAUCUCCUGAGCCAGUGGAGACCUGCAGCUUCUGCUUCCCCGAUCACAGGACCCCCACCCAGGAGAGUGCGGUCAUACCUGGGACCCUCAACCCCGUGGGUGAUGGAAGGUGGAGGCACCCUGUGAGGUGCCCUGAUAGAUGGUGGCCUUGGCAUUGUGUGCGGAUGCACCCAGGAGAGGGUCCCAGGUGCCUGAACAGGGGCAAGGAGGAACAGGAGGAGGGAAAGAGAUGGAGAGAGACAGAGAGGAAAGGAGAGAAGAGGAGAGAAACAGAGGAGGCAGAGAGGAAGAGAGAGACAGAGCAGGAGGUCAUGGCUUUCUGGGUCCCAGUUCCGAGUGCAGCUGUAGGUCAUCAUCACCUAAACACAUGUGCAAUAAAGUCCUUGUGCCUCCUGCUCACAGCCCCUGAGAGCCCCUCCUCCUGGAGAAUAAAGCCUUUGGCAGCUGCCCUUCCUCACUGCAUUGUAGUUGUGUCUAAUGAACCAAGAUGUCCUGCCUAUCACCUUCCUGGGCUCAAGGCUCCACCAAAUGCUGCCCCCUCGUUUUGGGAGGACCUGUGGUGCCCCCAUCUCACCAAGCUCCUGAGGAAGCUUGUGACCUUGGGUUGA